AGAAAAGUAGUCGAUCCCAGAUCAUUACACCGCCUCUUUCAAAGUUUAGACAAAGCUUGAGGAUUGAGGAAAAAUGGAGCACCCCAAACUGUGGUGCCUUGUGUUUGCGUUGCAAGUCUGCAUUUUGUCAUCGCUUUGUGAAUCAAGCAAACAAACGAUAAAGGACACUAUAUCCAAGGCUGUUCGAGUACAUACUCCAUGUAACUCGGCCAACUGUAGUUGCCAUCUAAAGGUCUUGCAGCAAGACUUGAGUCCCUUUCAUGGAGGAAUCACAGAAGAUUUCAUGGCAUCGACAGUCCAAAGAGGGGUGGGCACCCACUACCAGAUCAUUGGGCAUAAACUGUAUAGGGAACAUAACUGCAUGUUCCCAGCAAGGUGUAGUGGGGUUGAGCAUUUUAUAUUGGAGGUUAUUGACAGAUUACCUGACUUGGAGAUGGUGGUAAAUGUCAGAGAUUAUCCUCAAAUGCCAAACUGGGUGCAGCCAACCUUGCCCGUCCUCUCUUUUAGUAAGACUUCAGACUACCAAGACAUCAUGUACCCAGCGUGGACAUUCUGGGAGGGAGGUCCUGCUGUGUGGCCCAUAUAUCCCACUGGAUUAGGAAGAUGGGAUUUAAUGAGGCAAGACCUCAAAAAAUGUGCAGCUCUGUGGCCAUGGCAGAAGAAAGAGUCCAAAGGAUUCUUCAGAGGUUCUAGGACAAGUCCGGAACGUGACCCUCUUAUCCUCCUUUCCCGGGAAAUGCCAGAGUUGGUGGAUGCAGAAUACACAAAGAACCAAGCCUGGAAGUCUGAAAAGGACACUCUCGGAAGACCACCAGCUAAAGAAAUCCCACUAGUUGACCACUGCAAAUACAAAUAUUUAUUCAACUUCCGGGGAGUGGCAGCCAGCUUUCGUUUCAAACAUUUGUUUCUUUGUGGUUCGCUGGUUUUUCACGUGGGGGACGAAUGGCAAGAGUUUUACUACCCACAGCUCAAGCCCUGGGUCCACUAUGUUCCGGUGAAGCAGGAUCUCUCUGAUGUCAGAGAACUGCUACAGUUUGUCAAAGACAAUGAUGCCAUUGCACAAGAAAUUGCUAUCAGAGGUAUGGCGUUUAUCCUGGAGCACCUGCAAAUGAAAGAUGUUUCGUGUUACUGGGAGCGACUCCUCACAGACUUUAGUCAGCUUCUCACCUACCAACCUAAACGACGGAAAAACUACAGUCAGAUAAUGCAGAAGCCCAGCAAGACUGAGCUAUAAGAAAUGCAUUGUAAAAGCUCUUAUUAAUUGAAACAGUGCAAUUUUUUUUAACCUAUAGCAUUGUUUCUGUUAUUUUCUAAUUUCCUUUGGACCUUAGAAGAGAGCAAUAAGUUGGAUAUGUUGUAGUAUUCAUGUAAGAGGAUGCACAAUUUCUAUUCGAUUAGAAAAUGUAUGGAAGAUCAUCAAUAGAUAAGAACACUUGACCAAAAAGCUGUGAUGUGCCAGCCAAAUAAAGUUAGAAUUUUCCUUGACAAUAAAGAUUGUUUUACUGAGUACACCAUUGAGCUGGCGUUUUUGCAUUUUCUGUGUGUCAAAAACAAAAUGUACUUGAAUAAUUCAUAUGUAUGUUUAUUGCCAUUUUUAAAUGUAUAUGCAGUUUUCAUAUAAUGCUGGAUAAUGCCCCCCAAUUACUAAUUAUAUGAACGAGAGGUGUGAUUGGAGUGACAAAAAUCAAGGGGAGGUGACUGGUGCGAGAAAAGCAAAAAAUUAAGAUUCAUGAAAUAAUUCUCAGUAAACUAAAAAAAAAAAAAAAAAAAAGAGAGAGAGAGAAUGAUCGAGGACGGCAGUUUAGUGUAAUAAGAUUUUGAAAAAUGUUACACAAUGCCAUCAUAAUUGAUGUAUUUAACAGUAAAACAUUUUAAUGAAUUUGUGAAUAUUGUAUUUAUCUUAAAAUAUCAGUGAUACCGAACCGUAAGCCUUUUUUAACUAAUUAGAUGCACAUGUAUUUAAAUACAAAGCGUAAUGCCCUUUCCACUUCCAAGACAACUAAGUUUUGUUUUGUUUUGUUUUAUUUUGUUUUUUUCUCUAUUUUCAAUGCGUUUAUUCAUGCACUUCUCAUCCUAUACUCUAGUGAUGUUGGCAGUAGUGCGCUACUAAGCAGGUUAUUCAACUACCACAAAAGAAGAAAAAGGACUCCUUGACAGGUCGUUAAGCAAGGACUACGUUGCUAGAACUUUAAAUGUCUCCAAUACUGAUUAACUAUUAGUAAUAUGUAUAUACUUUCCUCAAGGGACUGGAACGUAUUGUAUUCGAGCCUGACGCCAGCUGAAGCGUGAUAUAUCCGGAGCCGUCCACGACGGGCUUCACCCUUCAGAGGCGGCUGGCAGAUUCAACCCCUCGGGGCGCCUCGAGCACCGGGCCGGCGCGGGGCCUGAUCAGGACUGGCGAAGCUCCUCGUUUCUGCCUCCCGCUCCCC